GCAAGUCUCACGGGAGAUAUGGAGAAAAAGGCGAAGCUAUUCUUGGCCGAAGAGAAGGAGGCCGCUCUGAAGGAGAUGGUCAUGGUCAUCGGUGACACAUACAUGUCAAAGCGCGAUUUGUGGCAGCUGCAGCUGGCAAUGAUGCAGCACAAGGGGCGGUUGAUCUAUCGCGGUUUCCGACAAAACUUUUGUGAGCACGUUCCCUCAAGCAGCAUAGACAAGCUCGUCUCAGCAGAUGGGAAAGCCGCUGCGUGUGGCAUGGUGGGCGUGAAGACUGAUGUUGCCUUCAGGUCGUCCAGCACGCACAUGUUUCUGCUCAUCGAGGUAAGCGCUGAGCUGUUUUCCUUCGGCCUCUUCGGAAGAUACUACUGGGAAGUUCUCCUUGAGUGCUUUGGCCAGGUGCCUGGAACGGGCAUGCGCGGUGCCAUCUGGAAAGCGGAGCACCAGCCACUUCCUGCGCAUCAUUCUCUUUGCGCGGGCCAAGGAACAUUCCGAAUCAACGAACGAAGAGACAUCGCCAAGAGCUUCGCCGAG